AUGAGCUACAGCGCGGAGCCGGCGGCGCUGGCCGCCUCCUACCGCCACCUCUUCGCGGAGGCCCCGCGGCGCCCCGAGGGGGCGGCGGGCCGGCGGGCGCGCCCGGGCGCGGAGCCGGGGCCGGGGCGGGAGCGCAGCGCCGAGCCGCGGCGGGGGCGGGCCAGCGAGAAGGAGCAGCUGCGGGGCCUCAACGAGCGCUUCGCCGGCUACAUCGAGCGGGUGCGGGCGCUGGAGGAGCGGAACCGGGCGCUGGCGGCGGAGCUGGCGGCGCUGCGGCAGCGGUCGGCCGAGCCGCGCCGGCUGGGCGAGCUGCUGGGCGGCGAGCUGCGCGCCCUGCGCGCCCGCCUGGAGGAGGCGCACGGGGAGCGGGCGCAGGCGGCGCUGGAGCGGGCGCGCCUGGCCGAGGAGACGCAGCGGCUGCGGGCGCGCUGCGAGGAGGAGGCGCGGGGCCGCGCCGAGGCGGAGCAGGCGCUGCGCUCCCGGCAGCAGGCGGCCGAGGGGGCCGCCCGCGCCCGCGCCGACCUGGAGCGGCGGGCGGCGGCGCUGCGGGAGGAGCUGGCGGCGCUGCGCAGCGCCCACGCCGAGCAGCUGGCACAGCUGGGCGCCGCGCUCCGCGCCGCCGCGCCCCCGGCCCCGGCCCCGGCCCCGGCCGGGCGGCCCGACCUGGCGGCGGCGCUGCGGGAGCUGCGCGCCCAGUACGAGGCGCUGGCGGCCCGCAACCUGCAGGCGGCCGAGGACUGGUACCGCGCCCGCUGCGCCCGCCUCCACGAGCGGGCGGCCCGCAGCCAGGAGGCCGUCCGCGCCAGCCGCCGGGAGGCCGGCGAGUGCCGCCGCCAGCUCCAGGCCCGCCUCGCGGAGAUGGAGAGCCUGCGCGGCGCCCACCAGUCCUUGGAGAGGCAGCUGCAGGAGCUGGAGGAGCGGCACAGCGCCGAGGCCGCCGGCCUGCAGGACACCAUUGGGCAGCUGGAGGACGACCUGCGAAACACCAAAAACGAGAUGGCUCAGCACUUGAGGGAGUACCAAGACCUGCUUAAUGUCAAGAUGGCCCUUGAUAUCGAGAUAGCUGCCUACAGGAAGCUGCUGGAGGGAGAGGAGACCCUCUUCAGCAUGGGAAGCGUCGGCCUUUCAGCACUCAAUCCCCUCCCCAACCCCACUUACUCCUUCCAGCCAAGAGGCUUUAGUUCCUCUACUCUGUCCUUCAAGGAGGAGGAGCAAGGAGAGGUUAUUAAAGUGACCUCUAAAAUAUCAACCAGCAGGGCUGAGAUGAUUGAGGGGACCGUAACCUCUGCCAAGAAAAGAGGGAGAUUAAACCUGCAUGAAGGAAUUGUUGCGAAUGCAAAAAUGUAA